AUGAAGAUUGAGUACGCUUACGAUGUAGAACAUGUUAAAACCAGGGAGAAGGAUUAUAUUUAUAUCAAUUAUCGAAAAACCAAUACCCACGAUGUUCUCGGAUACUUCAUUUUUCUAAAUACUGUAGUUGGUGUCAAAGUUGAGAAGAUUACAACUAGAAGGUUAUGGAUGUUGGAAAAUAAAUUCAUGCUCAGACUUCAUGACCUGAUUCAUUCUCAGCUGAUUGGAACUAAUGGAACUCAUAUUCAAUCACUGAUUAAUUUGGAAGAAAUAUGCAAUGGAUGUGAGAAGUGUUCUAACAUUGCCAAGAAGUGUCUAGAAUAUGGUCCAUUGAGAUUCAGUACACUACAAACUAUGACUUAUUCAAAGAACUACAAGAAACUGCAUGUGACUGAUAAACUAUUUGAAGACAUUGCAGAGUACUGUAUCUCGAAGUCAAAAAACAAAGAAGAGUGUUUCAAAGAGCUGGAUAACACUAUUCUCUCGAACAUCUCUUGUGAUAAACUUGCUAUAUGGGUUAAUGAGUCCAAAGUACUCCCGGAUGAAGACACAGAUCCAAUGUUUGACCAUCGACAUAUGCCACGAGAAGUUAUAGAUAUCAUUCUGAGAAAAUGGAAUGUGAAAUCACUCAAACUCAGUAUGUUGCAUAUCACAAAUGAACAGAUGUGUUGUAUUGAAUGGCUACGGUAUGACUACUUCAUUCGAGUCAGACUGAAUGAUCCAUAUUGGGAAACUAAGCAUUCAGAUUUGAAAUUCGAUCAUGUCGAAGUGAGUUUGUCUUAUUCACUAGACUGUGUAAGAGGGUUGGGAAACCUCCCUCUAGAAACGAAUCCUCCGGCAGGAUACAACAAUUUUAUUCCGAAUAUCAGAAGAAUGUUCCCAACAGAUCAAAUAUCGAUGGAACUUCCCCAUUGGUAUUUUGUACCCAGAAUCGAUAUCGAGAAGAAAAUGUCAACAAUAUUGCAAGUGGUCACUAUGGAACAACAUCAGAAUUUGAGUUUAGACAUUAAGUUUUUCGUGAAUAUUGGAAUUGUCAAAAUGCUCAAUGAGGAGACGAAUAAGGAAGAAUUGUUAGGUAUCGCUUCGGGAUAUGUUUUACAAGAAAAGCGGUUGCACUGUUUCAAGAAAUCGUCACCGUUCAAUGCAGAACAUGGUCCGGAAGUAUUCCUUGACAAUAAAUGGAUGGGCAGGAGAUUCCAGGUAGAGCAUGCUGAGAAUCGAUUCAAUUUCAAUUUGGAUGUUUAUAUCAAGGAGAAGGAGUUGGAAGAGAAGUUCGAUAAGAAACUUCUACAGGAUAAUCCUAAUUCUUUUGUUAGACACUUUUUCGCAUGA